AUCUCUGGGAUGACCUGCUCUCACUGCACAAAUGCAAUUCACAAAGCAUUAAGCGAGUUACCCUCGGUCUUGCCAGAUUCGAUACAAGUAUCUCUUGACACUGCCACUGCCAAACUCUCUUUUAAAAUCCCCAGUCCGCCAGAGAUCACUCCGGAUUAUUUGCGUGACACCAUCGAAGACAUGGGAUACGAUGUAGAAGGAAUCGAUUGGAAUGAUGAUAACACAUCCCAACAAGACAACACAACCCAAGAGAUAGAACGACAAAGUCAACAAGAACAAUUACCUAGUUACAAGACUGCUACUUUUUCGGUGAUUGGAAUGACCUGCUCUCAUUGCGUUCAGACUGUCAACAAAGCUCUGGCUGGACUUCCGGGUGUCAUUGUUGAUUCAAUCAAGGUCAGUCUGGACCAAAAGAACGCGGUCCUGUCGUUUCAGGGCGACUACAUUCAGCCGUCUCUGUUCACAAGCACAAUUGUCGAUCUUGGCUACGAUGUUCCGAAGGAAGAAGAUGAAGAAGGCAAUAACAAUUCUGGAAAUCUGACGGUGACUAAGCUUACAGUGACUGGCAUGACAUGCAGCUCGUGCGUGGCAAAUAUCGAGCGUACUGUGAUGAAACAGCCAGGUGUGACAAGCUGUCAAGUCAAUCUGCUGUCCAAGACUGCCGUGAUCCGACACGACCCAUCCAUUGUCGGGGCUCGUUCGCUGGCCAACAUGAUUGAGCAGAUUGGGUACAAGGCCGAGCUUUCACAUAGCCAGUCGUCGGAUGCCUUGUCAGACCAGCGUAAGACGAUGCGCGAGACAAUGGAUAAGGAGAUCAAGAUCCUGCUGUCUCGGUUCUUGUGGUCCCUUUUGUUUGCAGUUCCGGUCGUACUAAUCAGCAUGAUUUUUAUGAUGGCCGUUCCGGGAACCCAGCGUGUACACCAGGUGUUUGUGCUACCGAUCGUGCCUGGUCUGAGCGUUGGUGAUCUGAUUCUGUUUGUCCUUGCCACACCUGUCCAGUUCUGGCUCGGACUGCCAUUUUAUGUCAAAGCCUACCGGUCUUUACGCUAUGCCCACACAGCCAACAUGGAGACUCUUGUGGCAAUGGGAACCACGGUGGCCUAUGUGACUUCGGUGGCGUCGGUAGCAUCCGCAAUUGCGAUGAAGCAACAGGGUUCAAUGUCUCGAAAUUAUUUUGAAACCAGUGUGUUGCUGAUUACCUUUAUUCAUUUUGGUAAAUGGCUCGAGGCUUUAGCGAAGGGAAAGACGGCCGAGACGAUUACAAAGUUGAUGGAUCUUCAGCCAGAGAAGGCUAUUCUUGUGGAGGUUAAGAAACCCGAAAAAGAAAAUGAUAGCGAUAGUAGUGGCUUAGGUUCAAUGAGUUUAAAGGAGGGUCAGAAAGAUGUGGAACACAAAGAACAUGCGGAAGAGAUGUUGCAAGAGCGCGAAAUUGAUUCCAAGGAUAUUCAAGUUGGUGAUAUUCUCAAGGUCAAUGCAGGUGCUCGUAUCCCUUGUGAUGGCAAGGUGUGGAAAGGAGAUAGUUCUGCAGACGAAUCGAUGAUUACAGGUGAAUCUGUACCGGUUUUGAAAAAGGAAUCCGACAGUGUGAUUACGGCAACAAUCAACCUUACUUCGCCAAUCUACAUCCGUGCCAUCCGGGUCGGAAACGACACUACCCUAUCCCGCAUUAUCCAAAUGGUUCAGGACGCUCAAGCGUCUCCAAAGGCUCCCAUUGAGCAUCUUGCAGACAACAUUUCAAGUGUCUUUGUGCCGAUUGUGAUUGUGCUUGCCCUUAUUACUUACAUCAUCUGGCAGGUUCUCAGCUCGCUCAAUAUGUAUCCUGAUGAGUGGGUUCCAAUGGGAGAAAGCAAGACGAUCUUUUCUGUGAUGCUUGGUGUGUCUGUGUUGGUUAUUGCUUGUCCGUGUGGUCUUGGUUUAGCCAGUCCAACAGCCGUCAUGGUUGGUACUGGUGUCGCUGCACGUUAUGGUGUUCUUGUCAAGGGUGGUGGAUAUGCUCUUGAGAUGGCCAACCGCAUAACGACCGUUGCAUUUGAUAAGACCGGUACCCUAACUCUCGGAAAGCCAUCCGUGACCGACAGCUGGAUCAAUAAUGCCACAGCAAGUAAACAGACCGAACUGGUUCUCUGGAAGAUUCUUGGUCGAGUUGCUUCAGGAAGCAACCACCCACUUUCAAAGUCAAUUGAACAAAGAGCAAGAGACAUUAUUGCAAGCCAACCACGUCAAUCGAUCUUUUCGGGAGACACUUUGCUUGAAGAUGAUAUAGAAUUACCCAAUGACAGCACCAGUAAUGAUAGUAGUAAUGAGAAUGAUAAUUCUGUUAUCUCUGAUUUCCAGGGUAUCGCUCUCACUAAUGCCAAAGAAAUUCCCGGCCGAGGAUUGAUUGCCACCCUGACACUGUCAGCUGAAGCGGCCCGACAUUUACCAGCGGUUAUCAGACACCAGCGGGCACUAAAUACAGCGAUUGCUGAUAUUGCCAGACCCGAGUCAAAGGCAGUGAUUGCGGCAUUGCAGACCAAGGGAAUUGAGGUCUGGAUGGUUACUGGCGACAAUGUUCGGACUGGACAGGUGAUCGGAGAACAACUUGGGAUUCCAAAAGAGUUUGUGCUGGCUGGAGUAAAACCAGAGCAAAAGGCAGAUAAGAUUAGAAAUCUUCAACGACGAGGUACACGUGCAGUAGUUGCCAUGAUUGGAGAUGGUAUUAAUGAUUCCCCGGCUUUGGCUCAAGCAGAUGUUGGUAUUUCGGUUGGAUCAGCUACGGAUAUUGCAAUCGAGGCAGCAAGUAUUGUGCUGAUUCGUAAUAAUUUGAUGGACCUCUUGAUUAUGUACGAUGUGUCACGUACUGUUGUGCGCCGUAUCCGCCUCAAUUUCCUUUGGGCGUUUCUGUACAAUGUGUUUGCGAUCCCAAUUGCAGCCGGUAUUCUCUAUCCAGGUACAGGAGAAGGUCUUCCACCUUAUAUUGCUGGACUUGCAAUGGUUGCUUCCAGUGUUAGUGUUGUGUGUUCUAGUCUUUUACUUCGACUAUAUAGACCACCAAAAGAUUCACAAUCGCAAAAGAUU